GAGCUCUUAAUUUUUCAGACUGCUUUGGAUGCCUCUGCAGCUGGAUUCCUUCUUCACAUCAGGACUGGUAAACUGAGGGAAUUAUGAAAGCUUCUGUUGGAGUGAGUGUGGUGUUCUGUCUGGCUCUACUGGGGCUUGGCUCUGCCAUUAAAUGUUACAACUGUAAGGACUACAUGGGCACAUGCACUAAAAUCCGAGACUGUUAUUAUGAUGAUGCCUGUGUGUCAGUCUAUGAGAGAGGUGGCGACACAUACAGGCAGUGUAUAAAAUACUCAGAUUGUGAUUUCAACACAGUUUCCCAGAAAUUUCCCAAACUUUCCAGCUUCAAGUUCUCCUGCUGUACCUCUGACCUGUGCAACGCAGCCUCAGUGACCGGCCACUCUGUGGUGGGAAUACUUCUCUCACUGGCACUCUUCUGGUGGUGUGUGCUCUAAUUUCUAGCUCACAAACAAAGUGCUUCUGUGUUGUUCCUUAUAAUGCUGGUAUUGAUAUGAUGCAUUGAGAAUGCAGACAUUCUCUCGCUUGAGUUAAGUGGUUAUAGUAGCAUUCACAGCUUAAAUCUCAACUGUAAAUUUAAACUGUGUGCGGGCGCUGCUAAGGCUUGUAAAAAAAAUAUUAUUUUUUUUGCACUUAACAAUGAAAAGGAAACGGUCUGAUAAUAGAUUGUGUUAAAUUAAUGCUUUCAUUGUGUACAGUAUGUUGAUUUUUUUUCAAGGAUAAUCCUUGGUGUUACACAGCACAUCAAAAAAGAAUGAAUUUGGUUUUGAGGUGCUUAGUUGUUAAAUGGAUAAAGUGUCAUACCACUGUACUAUUAAAAAUGCUCUUUAUAUACGCUAUUCCUCUGCUUUUUUCUGAAAGUCUUUUUAAAACUUACAAUCUUUUGAACAACAUUGUGUGCAAAACAGUAUGGACUUGUAGUGUACUGAUCAGCUUCUUGUUACCACUAUAACCAGAUAAAUCUACUGAACCAUUAUGAUCAAUAAAUGGAACAUGCCAUUUCACUGAGAA